AUGGCCCUCUCCCCCACCGUGGGGCGCCUCCGUACCAUGACAUCGAUCUCGGAGGUCGUGGCGUUCACGUCCCUCAGCAACGACGCGUGCGUUGCCGUGGCUGUGGGCACGGGGGGCCUCGGGACGAACCCCCGGGACAUCGCCAUCCUUCCGCCGCUGGCAGCCCAGGCGGGGCUGGCGUGGCGCAUCGCGCGGAAGCUCUCGUACGUCGCCGGCGGGGGCGACCCAGACAGCUUCGUGGACGUGGACCCGCUCGUGGAGGUUUCGGCGACGGCGGCGGCCGCGCCGCCAGCGCCCCCUGGAGGACCAAUGCCCUCGGCCUGGGGGCCGCUGGCCACCAUCGCCAAGAAGGUCAAGAUCUCGGCCGUGGCGGACCAGGCGGACGACGCGGAGAUUGCCGGCGCCGACGCGGAGGACGUCGGCCGGUGGCACCAGCAUUACAUCACUGUGAUGGGUGCCCCGCCGAUGGAGGAGGAGGAGCCGUCGACCGACCAGCUGCAGGUACUCCACCACAGGGUCUACGUGGCGAAGGCGGCCCCCUACGUGGACCACGCGAUGUUUGGUCCGCGCGGGCGCCAGACGGCGAGGGCCAACAAGUUUCGCACCUGGAUCCCCACAGCUGGGGGUUAUAUUUCUCGGGAGCUGCCGGGCCCCGAGAAUUUCCAGCAGUGGCAGGCCAGCUGGAGGGUCUUCGUGGUGGCCGCUAUCAUGUUGGACUUCGCCUCGCAGGCGGCGCUGGCGCAGUGCGAGAAGAACAUCGAACAGCUCACGCGGCUGUGGCCGUCCGCGUGGCACUUGAUUGUUGCAGCGGACGACGAGUGCCGCGCCGACCACCUGGAGCGGACCAGGGGGGUGCUGAAGAGGCUCAGGGCUCAGAACGAGCCUGCACCUGCGGAUUGCUCGGAGCAGCGGCCCUGGCCACCUUGCUUCAGGACCGUCGCCGUGGACGCCGCGUUCUGGGACAAGCAGGUGCGUCAUCCGGCGGCUGCGUGGGUGGCCGCUGGAUCGAGGGGCGUGCCCCUGGCGCCGGCGGAGCAGGUGGUGCAAGACCACAUCCCCGGAGGCGUGGCCGCCAUCACCACCCCGCAGGAGCAGCCAGCUGGCAGGAAGAAGAGGAAAGGCAAGAGGCAGCGGCAGGCGCCAGAGGAUCGCCCCCCUCCGAAGGCCCCCAGGCAGGGAGACGCGGACCACGGGGGCACCAAGAGCAAGGGCUCGGGCAAGAGCAAGCUCCACCGCACGGACGGGUACGGCAAGGAGAUCUGCUACGCCUGGAACAACCAGCGCGGGGCUUGCGCCAACGUGGCCGCCGGCCAGCCGCGCCCAGCCGGGAGGGUGCAUGCUUGCCAGAAGUGCCUCAGCAAGGAGCACUCGAUGGGGCAGACGGGCGCCGCGAUUGCUGGCUUGCUCAAGGAUGCAGGGGAGAAACUUCGGAAUGGAGAUGCGGCGUCGGUGGCUUCGAGGCCGCCUGGUGCUAUGCCGCGUGAGCCUGGCAGCAUGGUGGCCCAGGAGGUGGCCGAUCGGCCCGCGUCGUUGCGGGUGGAGCCAACGGCCGCGCACCUCCCACGCCCCAGCUGCCCCCAGAGCGGGGCAAUUCUGCGAGGCCCCAGGCUCGACAGCAGGGCGGCCGACGAGGAGCGAGGCCAGCCGGCGCGCGCGGACAGCGUGGCGCCGCUUGUCUCCGAAGUGCACGCUAUGCGCCGAGUCGGCAGGUUUGGCAACGCGCUGGUCAGAGACGUGCCAGAAUUGCAGUGGAAGGGCGCGGAGGACACCAAGCAUGGCACGUUCAUGGCGCAGUCGGCCAAGCAGCAGUGGGAUGCAGAGAGCAGCCGUUGCAUCGGGGGCAUGCGGAACCCAGCGAGAGCAGUCGCAAUGGUGCUCGGCCUCAGGAGAGUCGGCCAGGACAUCGCGGAAGCUUUCAAGCAUUUCUACGAGGCGCAUGCCGGGGCGUCCGCGCUCGCGUGGGAGAUAGGCGACAAGGAGUGCAAAGGGCCAGAGCAGGACUUGAUCGUUGCCUGGCGGGCCCAGCUCCGCAAUCUGCCGGGCGCCCGAGGCAGAGGGAGGCUCGCAGAGCGCGGCGGGCACGCGCCCCCGCUGGUGGACGACAUCUGGGACGCGUGGCUCGCGCGGGCGGGCGACCCAGAAGACUGCCUGGGACGCCGGGCGCGGGAAGGCGUCCUGCUCGGCAUCGAGAAACGCAUUGAGGCGAAGGGGGCAUUCCCAGCAAUGGAUGACGAACUCCGCCCCUACGGGGCGCCGCCGGUCGAGGAGGCCUCGCUGUCAGGAUUCAGAAACUACGCCUCGCUCUACGACCGCAGGGACGGCGCAAAGGAGGAGGUCGAGCGCUACUUGGAGGAGGGCAACGGCAUCGAGGUGGAUUGGAGCGAGGCGGCGAAUGCCCACCCCGACGGGUCCAUCUCGAAGAUGGCACUGAUCGUCAGAGAAAAGCCCGACGGGAGCAUCAAGAAACGCAUCAUCGUCGACCCCCGGCGCCCUGGUGCGAAUGGCAAGUCGCUGUGCCCGGAGAGGAUCGUGCUCCCCCGGGUCGACGAGGUGGUGCAAGACGCAGCGGCGUUGGCAGCAGCAGAGCCUUCCGCGUGGCAGGAGGCAGCCGCGCGCGGGGAGGACAUGUCCACGUGGGGCGUUGAGUUCCUGUCUGCAGAUUUUUCAGACGCUUACAUGCACCUGAUGGUCCACCCCGAGGAGCGGAAGCAUUGCUACGCGAAGCACUACAAGGAGGGCAAGCUCCUCCUCUGGGUGUUCCUCUGCUUCGGGCACAAGGCGGCGCCGCUGCUGCGGGGGCGGCUAGCAGCCGCGUGCGCCCGCGUGCUGCAGGGCUUGGCGCCGGAGGGCGAAUUCCGGUCGCAGCCCUACCUCGAUGACCCGCUCUGGCUGGUCAUGGGCACGCGAGCCACGCGGGAGCGCACGAUCGCUCACCCUCCGCGCGCUUGGCUUGCGAGUCUCGUGGCAUAA